AUGGGAAAUAGUGUAAGUUUGCCUGUUUUUGGACCUAAGCAAAAUGUCGACAUAAAAGAACCAUCAACUAUCAACGCAUUAAAUAGAACAUCAUCUGCAAGACAGAAACUUAAGCACUGUAUAUUUCGUAAUUCUACUGGAAGCAAAGAUAAUCCUAAUGAAGAAAUCGACAGACUUCAUUCACAACAUUAUCUUUAUCGGUAUGCUUGGGAGCAAAUUUCCAAAUUUAAGAGUAAUUUUUCUGCGCCGGUACGCGAAAGAUUAAUAGAUGGCAUAUCUGUGCUUGAUGUUGGGUGUGGGCCUGGAACUUGGCUGCUAGAUAUGGCUAGUACUUACCCUCAAUCCAACUUUAUGGGCAUCGAUCUGUUUCCACAAUUUCCUUCAGAAAUUAAGCCAAAUAACUGUGAUUUUCUAACAAUUGACUUCUUGGAAGGCCUACCUUUCGAUGAUGGAAAAUUCGACUUUGUACAUAUGCGAUUUAUAAAUCACGUGUUUACCCAAAAAGAAUGGAACGAACGAGUAAUCAAAGAGUUAAUAAGGUUAACGAAGCCUGGAGGAUUUCUUGAAUUAAUGGAUGUUCAUGUACCUCAUAAAGAUCUUCCUCCUAAAGCGAACCUAUUGUCUAACAUACUGAUAGCCGAAAUGGAUCGUACAAACAUUUGGUGGGAUGUCACUUCACAUUUCGAGUCUCUUCUUUCCGCUCAGCAAGGUUUAGAAGGUGUUACAUCCCAGAAAAAAGAGCACACAUUAGGAGUCAAGGGUGCUCAAGAUGGUAUCUUAUUUUUGGAGUUUUAUACGCAAUUUAUGAAAAUAGUUUAUCCACAAAUAUCGAAGAGAACAAAUAUUGAACCGGAGGAAUUCUAUAAUGAAUUUAUGCCUAAAGCUAUUGAAGAAUUCAAUGCUAAAGAGUAUAGUCCUCGUAUUGUAUCGGAAAGAGUCUUCGCACAAAAAACUGCUUAA